AUGGCGGCGAACUUCGGCUCUGCAGAAAACAUCUGUGAAGGAGAGAACUGUCAGUCAAUUACAGAUGUGACGUACUACGUGAAGGAGAAGAAGAAGCUCUGCGACGACUGCGCCUCCAAAGAGGAAUGCAUCGGAAAAGCUAGAAAGGGUAGGCCAAAUCUGUAUUGUGAGAAGCAUGAUGGUGAAGAAAUCAAACUGUAUUGUAAAACGCAUAAUGUAGCAGUGUGUCAAUUAUGCGCAAUGAUAGAUCAUCGUGACAUGUCUUGCGUACGACAGGAUAUAGAGGGCGCCAUCAUGGAAAGUAAAGCGAGCCUAAUCACUCUAAAAGAACAAGCAAAGGACAAAUUGAAGCUGUGUCGAGUUUAUGGAGAUCAGAUUCAUACGUGUAGAAAAGAUACCGACACCCAUCUACAAGCUUUGAAAGAUGAAGUUGAUUCGGAAAUCAAUAAGGCGAUCAAAACAGACAAGGACAAAGAGAAGGAGGAUGCUGCAAAAAUCAACCAGGAGACUGAUCAGAAGAAUACAAAACUUCACGAGGAGAUCAAACAGAUCAAUGAAAAGAUUCGAACAAACGACGAAGAGAGAGAAAAUCUACUUGAACUGAACCGUACAAAUGCAGAGAGAAGACGAGAACCAAUCGGCAAUAAACAGCAUGUUCUUCAAAAAGACAUAAAUAACAUCACUGAAGAGAAAGAGAGAAAGAUUGGACAGUUAGAGAUAUCUUGGCAAGAUAAUACAAAAACCACAGAGACCACAAUACAGACACUGAACACAGUACUCAAAGAUGAUUCAAAUGUCAUCAAAGAUGGUCAUCGUGUGAAGACAUCAGUAAGUGAUGAACUAAAGAAGCCACUGAAUGAGGGUGAGGUGAAACAAAUUAUUAGGGCCAUAUCGGGUGUGAGGUUUGUGAAGGGUGCUGGGAGAGAGAAGUAUAAUGGGAGGAUUGAUGGGUAUGAUGGGGAGUGGAAGCUCAUUGAUACAAUCAUUGUCACAGAUAAGUUCACAUUCCCAACCAUUGUAGGAUACAUACAAGAAUACAAUGUGAUCAUCACAGAUGACACAUCAGGUAGCUGCCAUGCAUACAUGUUCGAUAUGAACACUAAAGACAGUCAGAGAGUGAUAACCGGUAUCAGUGAUACAUCAUGGGUUACCUCUUGUGCAUUGCUAAAUGAUGACAAGGUAGUAUGCGGUAAAUGUCAGGAAGUGUGUACAGGGUAUAGUUGGAUGGGAAUCAUCAGUAUGUAUGACAGACAAUGGAAGCACAUCAAUGAUGUCACAUUACCAAGAAUCACAAUGGAUAAUUUCACAGUGAUGGAUGUAGCUGUUGACCAGAAAGGGAUGAUCAUCACUGCUGAGCGGGAUGAGUCUUACAUACACGUCAUCAACCCAGCUGAUAGUAAGAUCAUGAAUACCAUCGUAUGUAAACAGAAUAUAAUAAUGCGCGGUGUACUGUCAUCAGGUCACAUCAUCGCUCAACCCUACCCUGAUCACAGAGUGUUCAUCAUCGACAGACAAGGUGGCCAAAGGGAAAUCUUCCGCAGUGAUUGCAUCCUCAAUGCCUGCAUCGAUCCUAUGACAGACGACCUCUACGUCGUAACAUCAGAUGAUGAGAACGAUACGUGUGUGAUUGAUCAGGUGAUGAGUGGGGGUGAAAUGAAGAAGAGAAGAGUAGCAUCAUUCCCUAUAUCAACACGACUGAGUGAUAGGAUGUUUCACCUUAUAACAUCUCGGGUGUUGAUGACGUCAUCAGGGAAACUGAUUGCUUGCGAUGGAGACAACAUUCUCGUGUUUAAAAACAAAUUUACCCUCUAA